AUUCUUCUACCUGCUGCCUUUUUGUGUGAUGCCUAUCUGAAGGAGGGACACACCCUAGCCUCAGCGCUGUCUGCUUAGAGCAACAUAACCCAGCCAUGAUUCUUCUGCCACUGCCUUCUUGUGUGAUGCCGGUCUGAAGGAGGGACACACCCUAGCCUUAGUGCUGUUUGCUUAGAGCAACACCACCCAUCCGUAAGCCCGAUUCGCCAUCUUACAGAGGAAUGUGCCUGCACCUGUAAAAAUUGCUUGUCUGUUUGAAUAGAUGAUUCUUCUGCUCCCGCCUUCUUGUGGGAUGUCUGCCUGAAGCAGAGGCCCGCCCUGGCCACAUCGUGUCAGCCCAGCCACCCGCUCCAGCCAUCAAUGGAGCCAGAGAGACCAGGUUCACCAAAGCCAAGCUGUGGGUCCCCAAAGAAAUCCCGGUCAAUCAAACGUAAAACAUGUUUUUGCAGUUCAAUGCAGGUUGAGGAAACAGACUCACCAGCUCCCAGCUGUCUGUCCAUGAAGAGUGGCCAGUCAAUAGAGCAUCCAGUGUUCUUUAAAGAUAGAGACACCUCUGUACACAGUAAUGACUGUCUACGUGCUGAAGUCUGUAAAGUUCUCCAGUCACAUGUGAAAAAACGGUGUCAGAGUUUGGAUAGGACAAACCCAACACUACAUGAGAUCAGUACAGAGUGCAGCUUUGACUGUCAACAAGCUGAAGUCCACGACAAACUUAAAUCAGACUUGAGGACAAAGUUUCAGUGUUUCUAUGAGGGACUAGAGAAGCAAGGGACCCCAACACCCCUAAAUGAGAUUUACACUGAGCUCUACAUCACAGAAUAUGGAGGUGGAGAGAUCAAUAAUGAACACGAGAUCAGAUCGAUUGAAAAAGCUUUUAGGAAAGCCACAAUGGAGGACAACCCAAUCAACUGCAAUGACAUCUUCAAACCCUUACCUGGACAAAACCAACCCAUCAGAGCUGUGCUGACCAAAGGAGUCGCUGGCAUUGGAAAAACAGUCUCUGUGCAGAAGUUCAUUCUAGACUGGGCUGAAGGGAAAGAGAAUCAGGACGUCUUCCUCAUAUUUCCACUUCCUUUCAGAGAGCUCAAUUUGAAAAAGGACAAACUCAGUCUUUCAGAUCUUCUCCAUGUUUUUUUCCCUGAAACUAUGAAAAUAGACAUUUUCAGUGAUAAAUAUAAAGUGUUGUUCAUCUUUGAUGGUUUGGACGAGUGCCGUUUUCACUUAAAUUUUCACAGCAAUGAGAAUCUACGUGAUGCAACCAAAGAGACAUCAGUGGACGUGCUGCUGACGAACCUCAUUUUGGGGAAUCUGCUUCCCUCGGCUCUCAUCUGGAUCACCUCCAGACCAGCAGCAUCUGAUCUCAUCCCCUCUGAGUGUGUUGAUCGAGUGACAGAGGUACGAGGCUUCAAUGACCCACAGAAGGAGGAAUACUUCAGGAAGAGAAUCGCUGAUCAGAGUCUGGCCAAUAAAAUCAUCUCACACUUGAAGUUAUCGAGGAGCCUCUACAUCAUGUGCCACAUCCCAGUGUUCUGCUGGAUCUCAGCCACUGUUCUAGAGAAGAUGAUGAGUGGAGCAGAGAGUGGAGAGAUUCCCAAGACUCUCACGCAAAUGUACACACACUUCCUGAUCCUUCAGACCAACAUCAAACGUGAGAAAGACUUUGAGAAGAAAUUGACAGAUGAAGACAUGAUCCUAAAACUAGGUAAACUGGCUUUUCAAGAGCUUAUGAAAGGCAAUGUGAUCUUCUAUGAAGAAGAUCUGAGAGAGUGUGGCAUUGACGUGACAGAAGCAUCAGUGUACUCAGGAUUGUGCACUCAGAUCUUCAGAGAGGAGUUUAGUGUGUGUCAGAGGAAAGUCUACUGCUUUGUUCACCUCAGCACGCAGGAACAUCUGGCUGCUCUUUAUGUGUUUUCAUGCAGUUUGAAACAUGUAGAUGUUCUUAGUGAAUACCAGGGCUUAAAUAUUCAGUCCUCAGCAGGCUUCACAGUAUAUGAGAGGGCUGUGGACCUGGCUUUGCAAAGUAAGAAUGGCCAUCUUGACCUCUUCCUUCGCUUCCUUCUGGGUCUCUCGUUAGAGUCCAAUCAAACUCUUUUUAAGGGCCUACUGACACAAACAAGAGGAAUGUCUCACAACACAGAGGACAUUAUCCAGUAUGUCAAGAAGAAGAUUAGAGACGAUCUUUCUCCUGAGAAAUCCACCAAUUUGUUUCACUGUCUGAAUGAACUGGGUGAUCAUACUCUGGAAAAUGAAAUCCAAGACUAUCUCAGCACUGGGAUGAUAAGAGAUGCCAAACUGUCUCCAGCACAGUGGUCAGCACUUGUUUUUGUGUUGCUUACGUCAGAGCAGCUGGGAGUGUUUAAAUUAAAGGAAUACAUCAGGGAUGAGAUCAACCAAAGAAAUAUCACACAGGAUCAAGUUCUCCACAAUCUUCUGCCUGUGGUUGAAGCAUCCAGAUCAGCUGAUCUUGGCUGUUGUAGUCUCUCAGAGAAUUGCUGUACUGAUCUGGCUUCAGCUCUCGGCUCAGAAUCAUCAUGUUUGAGAGAACUGAACUUAAACUUCAAUCCUCUGCAGAGUUCAGGUGUGAAGUUACUUUCUGCUGGACUGAGAAGUCCUCACUGCAAAUUGGAAACACUGGGGUUGUGGCGGUGUGGUAUCACAUAUGAAGGUUGUGCCGCUCUGGCUUUUGCCCUGAAUUCAAACCCUUCACAUCUGAGAAAGCUGGAUCUGUCUGAAAAUAAGCUAGGAGAUCAAGGCAUGAAGCUAUUCUCUGAUGCACUAAAAAAUCCUCAGUGUAAAUUGGAGACACUGAAGUUGAGAAUGUGUCACUUGUCAGAUGAAGGAUGUGCAGCUCUGACUUCAGCUCUGAGAUCAAACCCCUCACACCUGAGAGAGUUGGAUCUGUCUGGGAAUGAAAUUGGAGAUGAAGGAGUGCAAUUUCUCUCUGAUGAACUCUGCAAUCCUCAAUUUAAACUGGAGACAUUGUGGCUAGUGGAUUGUGAAAUAACAGAUGAAGGUUGUGCUGCUCUGGCUUCAGCUCUAAGAUCAAAUCCCUCACACAUGAAAGAGAUGGAUAUGACUAAAAAUAAUCUCACAGACAUGGGCACUAAUCUGCUCACUGCUAUAAAGUUCAAUCCACACUAUAAACUGAAAUACACUGCAUUUGAAGAGUCCAGCUAAGAACUGACGGAUGGGCCGCUUAGUGGAUUUGUUGCUGCUGUACCAGUGACUGAUGCACAGUGAUUAAAUUCCUCAUUCAUUUGAACAAUUUACUUUCCAAUGUACAUAAUCUGUUCAUUUUGAUCAGGUUCAUUUUGAUGGUUCUUUUGAUUUAAACUCUGUUUUACACAUUUUGAUGGUGAUUGAUGUUUCAGAUUCCAACUAUCAAUGAAUCAUCGUGUCGUGCUAUUCAUUCAAAGUAUAGGCUAUGUCCAGUGUAGGCUAUAGAAUGCAUUAUCACGAAUUAUGAAUUAUGCAUUAGACGUGCCAUAUAUCUGCAGGUAAGAAAACGUCAUGGGCAAAAUGUAUUUUACUUUAUUGAAACUACCACAGCAGCUGAGAAGAUAAUGGGCUAUUUGCUUCUGACGCGCUGUCGCGCCGCUUGAUUCCGGUGUAGAGGGUGUUAUAUGCUUGGGAUGGUGAUCAUAAUCUGUGUGUGAUCCUGAAUUUAUCCUGAUAGAAAUAUAAAAAAGCCUUAAACUUGUUUUGCAAAUAUCUUCAAAAUGAAUCGGAUUCAGUUCCCACUCCCAGUGUAAAGCCUAACGUGAUUGGUUUUAGAGAGAACGUGCUAUGAUUGGUCAGCUCAAUGUGGCCGUUAUCUGAUUGGCUUGAGGAAAUGGUGGGUGGAGCCCACUUAUUUUUGGAUUUGUCUGCACCUCCAGCUAGAAGUGUUUCAAAAUCCACAAAUGUGUGAGGGGAUUUACAAAUGCACAGAAAGCGGUUUACAAAUAGAUGCCAAGCAGAGUUGUGUUUGUGACAUAAAAAAAAACAUUUGUAAAUAUU